UGUGAACGCGUUGAAGCUUUCUACGCGGAAAUGAUGAUGAUGUUCCCUUAAUUUGUCUUUCUUCAUCAUGUGUGAACGCGUUGAAGCUUUCUACGCGGAAGGUAAAGGUGCUUCAGUUUCUUCUUUUUCCUCUCUUCGAUGAUUUUCUAGGAAAGCCUGAGCACCAUAAAAUUUUCAAUAACUUAAUAAAUCUCAUUCAUCUCAAAUAUUCCGUUCUCUUUCUUUGCCUCUUUCUCUUCUUUUUUACUCACAAUUUACAAGUCUAUUGUUAGUACCUUGAGAGAAACACAAAAACAGAUGGAGUGUAUCAUGACGAUCUUGCAGAUUUGCUGCAGAUGGUUAACAUUUUCUUCUCCGUCAUCUGCUGCUGCUGGAGAUGAUGAUGAUGAUGGUAUUGUAGCUAAUAUCCCCCCUCGUCGGGAAAAGUAUGAUGUGUUUAUCAGUUUCAGAGGUGAGGACACCCGCCGUGGUAUUACCAGCCAUCUUCAUGCUGCCUUACUUCAGAAGAAAAUUGAAACCUACAUAGAUUACAGACUUCAGAAAGGAGAAGAAAUCGGACCUGCCCUUCUAGAGGCAAUCGAGAAAUCCACGCAUUCGGUGAUCAUUUUCUCACAAAACUAUGCUUCUUCCAGAUGGUGUUUGGAUGAGCUUGUGCAUAUACUCGAAUGCAAGGAAAGAUAUGGCCAGAAGGUUAUACCCGUAUUCUAUGACAUCAAUCCAUCUGAUGUACGAAAACAACACGGGAGUUAUGCGGAUGCAUUUGCUCAACUUGAAAAACGUUUCAAGGACAGUAUUGAUAAGGUGCACAAGUGGAGGGUUGCUUUGAAGGCUGCAGCCGAUCUGUCUGGGUUUGAUUAUUCAAACAAUCACGGGACGGAGGCAGAUCUAAUUAAGAAUGUUGUCGAUCAAAUUUGGACAAACUUGAAUUGUGAAUCAUCAUGUGAUUUAGAUGGCCUGGUUGGAAUUGAAAGCCGCAUUCAGCAAAUUGAAUCGCGGCUGGGCAUUGACUCAAAGGACGCCUGCAUCACUAUAGGUAUUUGGGGCAUGGGUGGUAUUGGCAAGACCACCCUUACUGAAACUGUAUUUCACAAACUCUCUUCUAAAUUCGAAGCUUCUUGUUUUCUUAAAAAUGUCAGGGAGAAAUUAGAACAACCAGAUGGACUAGAUUGCCUGCAAAAGAAACUUCUAAGUGACAUUUUCAAGGGAGAAAGUCUAUCCAUAGAAUCAACUAUUGUUCGAAGGAGGCUUAGAAGCACAAAUGUCCUCAUCGUUAUUGAUGAUGUGAGUAGUCCACUGCAAAUGCAACGUUUAGCUGGUGAUCUUCAAUGGUAUGGCACUGGAAGUAGAAUCAUUAUCACAAGUAGAGAUAAGGACACACUUAGACAAAUUGUUGAAGAGGAGAAAAUCUACGAAGUUAAGGUAUUAAAAUCAGAUGACGCUCUUCAGCUCUUCUGUUUGCAUGCUUUCAAGAAUAACACUACUCGUAGAACAGAUUAUGAGGAGUUGUCAAAAAAGAUCGUGGAUUAUGCCAGAGGCGUUCCCUUAGAUCUUAUAGUUCUGGGGUCCUUGUUCUUCAAUUGCCAGAGCAAAGAAGACUGGGAAGAUGAAUUCAACAAAUUGAAACGAUUUCCUAGACAAGAUAUCCAGAAAGUGUUGAGAAUAAGUUACAAUAGAUUGGAAGAAAAUGAGAAGCAGAUAUUUCUGGAUAUAGCAUGUUUUCAUAAAGGGAAGGAAGUGAAGGCGGUAGAACGAAUGUUACGUGUUCGUGGAUUCUUUGCGAUAUCGGGAAUUAGAAAUCUCCGUGAUAGGUCUCUCAUAUCAAUUUAUUCAGACAGAUGGGAAAGGAAAGUCAUAGGGAUGCACGAUUCGCUACAAGAAAUGGGAAGGACAAUUGUUCAGGAACAAUGUAUUGAAGAUCCUGGUAAACGCAGUAGGUUGUUCACGAAUGAGGAAAUCUAUCGUGUACUGAAUGGUAACAUGGAAAGUCCAAUUGUUGAAGCCAUAUUCCUUGAAUGGCAUAAGAGUGAAGAGCGACGACCAUGGAACUUCAAACUGAUGUCAAACCUAAGAAUGUUAUUUGUGCAUAAUUUUCAUAUGUUUGGCUUCAAAUCCACCGCUUCUAUAGAACUUCCUGGUUCUAUAGACCUUCCCGAUUCUCUUCGCUACCUUGACUGGGAAGGAUAUCCAAUGGAAUCUUUGCCGUCAAAAUUCUCGCCGGAAAAUCUAGUUGAGCUUCAUAUGCCAUGGAGCCGAGUUAAGAAGCUCUGGAAAGAAGACCAGAGACUUGUCAACUUACGAGUGCUCAAUCUGUUUCGCUCUGUAAAUCUAACUGAAGUUCCAAAUCUCUCUGGGAGUCUAAAAAUGAAGGACAUAACGCUCCGUGGCUGUAUAAGUUUGGUUGAAAUUCCAGAGAUGCCAGGAAAUAUUAAAUACUUGGAUAUAAGUCAUUGCAGAGACCUUGAGAAACUUCCAAGCAACACGUGUAAGCUGAAAGUCUCUGGUUCUUUUAAUCUAGAUGGCUGCACAUCUCUUGCCGAGUUUUCUGAGCUUCCGAGGGAUAUAACUAAAUUAUCAUUGAUUGAUUGCAAGAGACUUGUGAGUCUACCAACCAACAUUUGUAAGUUGAAAUAUCUCAAGGAACUCAAUCUCUCCUACUGCUCUAAACUUGAAAACUUUCCAAAGAUCUUGGAGCCAAUGGAACAUUUGGAGUCUUUAAAUUUAAGUAGAACAAUGGUUCAAGAGCUACAUUCAUCAAUCAAGUUUCUCCGUGCUCUCAAAAUACUUGUUCUACAUGAUUGUGAAAGGCUUUCAAGUAUUCCAAAGAGCAUUUGUAAGUUGAAAUAUCUCGAGGAACUCGAUCUCUCUUGGUGCCCCAAACUUGAAAACUUCCCAGAGAUCUUGGAGCCAAUGGAACAUUUGAAGUCUUUAAAUUUACGUGGAACAACGGUUCAAGAGCUACACUCAUCAAUCGAGUUUCUCCAUGCUCUUAAAAUACUUGAUCUACGUGGUUGCAAAAGGCUUUCAAGUAUUCCAAAGAGCAUUUGUAAGUUGAAAUAUCUUGAGAAACUCGAUCUCUCUUGGUGCCCCAAACUCGAAAACUUCCCAGAGAUCUUGGAGCCAAUGGAACAUUUGAAGUCUUUAAAUUUAAGUGAAACAACGAUUCAAGAGCUACACUCAUCAAUCGAGUUUCUCCAUGCUCUCAAAAUACUUGAUCUACGUGGUUGCGAAGGGCUUUCAAGUAUUCCAAAGAGCAUUUGUAAGUUGAAAUAUCUCGAAAAACUCGAUCUCUCUCGGUGCCCCAAACUUGAAAACUUCCCAGAGAUCUUGGAGCCAAUGGAACAUUUGAAGUCUUUAAAUUUAAGUGAAACAACAAUUCAAGAGCUACACUCAUCAAUCGAGUUUCUCCAUGCUCUCAAAAUACUUGAUCUACAUCGUUGCGAAGGGCUUUCAAGUAUUCCAAAGAGCAUUUGUAAGUUGAAAUAUCUCAAGGAACUCGAUAUCUCUUGGUGCCCCAAACUUGAAAACUUCCCAGAGAUCUUGGAGCCAAUGGAACAUUUUAAGUUAUUAAAUUUAUGGGGAACAGCGGUCACUGCUCCAGCGCGAAACGCGUUUCUCCCCGUGCUCCAAUAUAUUUCAUGUUCUUCCAGCGAAGGAAAACAUUUCGGUAAGUAGAACAUUGGUUGAACAGCUGUCAAAAAUCCCUUUUUAAAACCACUGACAGAUGUAAACAAGAUCAAAAAGUUAAAGGGCAACUUAUAGCUUCCAAAAGUCAUGUUCGUGGUCAUCUACAUAGGCUCAUAACUGUAACCAUGGACAGUGUUCAUGCCUGCACUAUCAGCUCGAAAUGUCAUAUGCAAUAACGACAUGUUCUCUUUCAAGAUAAUGUGGCAUGAUGGAUGGGUACUCAUUCUAUCAAUCAAGAUUGCACAUUCACACAUGACUCAA